CUGGCCUCCCUUUGUCCCCCCAUGCCGCCAUUUCAUAUCUGACAUAUCCACAGUCCACCACACCACAGGCCUGCCUUCAUACUGAUACGUGCCAUGGCACAGAGGCACCAGGGUGGUGGGCUGAGAAAUGGGGAAUAAGCAGACAAUCUUCACGGCGCAGCAGCUUGAUGCGUAUCAGGACUGCACAUUCUUCACAAGGAAGGAAAUUCUAAGACUAUUCGACCGUUAUCGAGACUUGGCACCACAGCUCGUUCCUCUCGACUACACAGACCAGCCAGAUGUGAGGCUACCAUACGAGCUCAUUGGCAGCAUGCCAGAACUGAAGGACAACCCGUUCCGCCAGAGGAUCGCUGAGGUUUUCUCGGAGGACGGAGAGGGAAACAUGACCCUGGAUGACUUCCUGGAUAUGUUCUCCGUGCUGAGUGAGAUGGCUCCACGAGAUCUGAAAGCCUACUAUGCAUUUAAAAUCUACGACUUCAACAAUGAUGACUUCCUGUGUAAGUCUGACCUGGAGAAGACGCUGAACAAGCUGACGCGGAAUGAGCUAACUGAGGACGAGGUCAGGAUGGUAUGUGAGAAGGUGAUCGACGAGGCCGACCUGGACAACGAUGGACGUCUCUCACUGGAGGACUUCCAGCACAUGAUCGUCCGUGCUCCAGACUUCCUCAGCACCUUCCAUAUAAGGAUAUGAAGACUAAAGAGAUGCCAUGGACACUACCACCAUGGAUCCAAACAUUUUCUCUACCAAAGAUGUUAUAGGGACCUUUAAAGUGUGCACUAUGCAGGCUUAGGCUAGUUGUUUUUUACUUUGAUGUAGGCCGGAGACAGACCACUGACCUGUUGACAGCUGAAUAGUCUAUUAUUAUAGAGCUAUUGUAGCUAUCAGGACAGGGCUCAUUAGCUAUGACGGCCAACAGUUGAUUUGUAUUCUCUUCUAUGAAGGCUCAGUUACACCAGGCUUUAAAAUAAACAUCUUCCCCCAUAUUCCACUGAACCAUGGAGGGGCAGUGGAGGGUGAGGCAUCUGUGUCAUGUAUGAAUUAACGCUCCAUUAUAAAAUCAUGGGUUCAGCUAACAGUCAAUUGUGCUAAAUCAUUCUGGAUACAUUCAUACAAUGUCAAUUAAAGAGGCAAUCUGAGGUUGAAACAACAACAAAGCGGUCGUGCACCCCAACUCCUCUUUGGUAAACAGCUGAGGGACGGGGCUGUAGAAAUGUAACUACUCUCAAAUUCAUGGAUGAAGCUAUGGAUGCA